AUGCCUCAUCCAGUUCGCCCAAACGCUUCUCCCAUUUCACCCGACUCUCAAACGACGUCGUCGGACGAACAUCCCAAAAUUCCUCCGCCGGCUGGAACCUAUAUCGUCCAGGUUCCCAAGGAACAAGUCUACCGCUACCCUCCACCGGAGAAUGCCCGUCGUUACGACAACUACAAUCGCAAGAAAACUCAUCCGUGCCGCCAGUGCUGCUGUUGUAUCUGUUGUUUAAUCAUCUUCUUAAUCACUCUAUUCGUGCUCCUUAUCGUCGCCGCCUUCACUUGUGUCUUAAUUUUCCGACCUGAAAAACCUAAAUAUGAACUCAAUAGCAUUGCGGUCAAGGAAAUGAAUCUCACUUCAUCUUUAUCUGUAAUUUCGCCGGAGAUUGAUAUCUCUGUUAAGGCUAAUAACGGUAACGAAAAGAUCGGAAUCUACUACGAUACCGAUAGCUCCGUUGAAAUUUUUUACAGAAACGUUAGCCUCUGCAACGGUGCGUUGCCGGUGUUUUAUCAGCCGCCAAAUAACGUGACGGUGUUUCAGACGGUGUUGAAAGGUAAUGGCAUUGAACUUGCGGGAUCUGAUCGGAGAGCGUUGGUGAAAGCUGUUGCGAAACGGAGCGUGCCGUUACGUUUGGCGGUGAUUGCACAGUUGAAACUCAAAGUUGUGAGGUUGAAGAUCAGAGUUGGGCUUGGCUGUGAUUUGACGGUUGAUGAGUUAACGGCGCAGGCGAGAAUUGUUCAUAAGGAAUGUAGAAGAGCAUACUUCACUGGUGGAUUUUGGGUUAGAGAUUAUUUGUUUGGUCAUUUUUAGUGCAAUUUUUUCGG